GCGGCGCGUGGUAUUUGUUUGGUGUAAAAGUAGUCGACGCCGAAGACAAAUACUCCAUAAAUUAAAAGAGAGUGUUAUUUAAUGCUACUUCCAAGGUCGCAUAUUGCUAUGAAAGGGCCGCGAUUGCGAAGUAAUGGUUAUUUCGACUCCUCGACAUCUCCUUUGGAUUAAAAACCCCCUUCUUUGUGGGUAGCCGAGUUCCUUUGGGGCUAUGCUUGGGUGCGGAAGAGCACUACUCCCCAAAUAAAAACAGUUUCUUCGCAAAGUUGAAGAAAUGUUGGGGUUUCUGACAGCAAGGCAAACCGGUUUGGAUGACCCUCUACGGCUGCGACGGGUAGAGUCAACGAGAAGGGUCCUCAGUCUGAAGUUGAACCCCGACAGAGACGUGGACCGAAUUCAUGGAAAUGGCAUUAAUACCAUUGACAUUGAAGCCGUCGAGGGCAGAUACAUGCUAUCUGGAGGCGCAGAUGGAGUAAUUGUCAUCUAUGACUUGGAAAACUUUGGUGGGAAACCACAGUACACCUGCAAAGCGGUCUGCACAGUAGGACGAUCCAGCCGCCAUGUCCAUAAAUUCAGUGUAGAAACAGUCCAGUGGUAUCCUUACGAUACAGGGAUGUUUGUCUCCAGUUCCUUUGACAAGACCAUGAAAGUGUGGGACACUGAAACAUUGAAGCCUGCUGAGGUGUUUGAGUUUGAUGGCACCGUCUACAGCCACCACCUGUCCCCAAUCGCCAGGAAGCACAGCCUCAUUGCAGUUGGCACCAAAAACCCCAAAAUCCAGCUGUGCGACCUGAAGUCCGGCUCUCGGAUUCACGUUCUUCAGGGUCACAGAGGCGAAGUCCUGUCUGUGCGAUGGUCGCCCAGAUACGAGCACAUCCUCGCCUCUGCCAGUGCAGAUAGCAAAGUGAAAGUAUGGGAUGUGCGCCGCGCCUCUGGUAGCCUGUUCACUCUGGACCAGCACAAUGGAGACAAGUCAAAAGCCUCCUCUGAAGCAGUGAACACGGCCCAUAACGGCAGAGUGAACGGCCUCUGCUUCACCAGCGAUGGCCUGUAUCUCCUCACAGCUGGAACCGAUGACCGCAUGAGACUGUGGAACAGCGCCAGUGGGGAAAACACACUGGUGAAUUACGGCAAGGUCUGCAACGAGAGCCGUAAAAGGCUGCAGUUCACGGUGUCUCGUGGCUGCAGUCCAGAGUUUGUGUUUGUGCCGUGCGGCAGCUCGGUGGCAGUGUACGCCCUCCACACAGGAGAGCUGAUCACCAUGCUGAGGGGGCACUACAACAACGUGGACUGCUGCGAGUUCCACCCGGACUACCAGGAGCUGUAUAGUGGAGGUAAAGACUGUAACAUUCUAGCGUGGGUUCCUGUCCUCCGUGCCGCGGACGUUGAGGAGGAGGAAUCGAACCGUGAAAAUAAGGGUGCUGCUGGCCAGUCGUCUGUGAACCCGGCCUUUCAGGACGCAUGGAGCAGCGAUGAAGACUAAUGCGGAUGUUUUGAAUGUGCGGUCUGCACACACAAAUGAACUCUCAUCUGUAAUAAUUGGCCUGUCAAAUAAAAGACAGGUGUAGGAACGCCGAUGAAGGUUUAGGGAAAUGGUCCUGUUUGAAAUUUGCCUACACAGCAAAAGACUUGAAAGUUAAACAAAUGAUGUGAUGAACUGUUGUCCAUCUUUGUAAAUCCAUUUGUUUUUUUUUUGUACAUUUUAUUUUAUUUGAAAGUAAAGCCAACUUUGUCCUGUG